UGUGAUUGGCCUGCCAGCACCCACGUCUUAUGCGCCUUAUGACAUAUUCUCUGCAUUUUCCUCUCCAUUGACUCCAUUGCUUUCUUCCUUGCUCUUUUCUGAUUUGUCCUUCUUUUGUCUAUCUUCUUCCUUUUUUUCCCCAUCUGCAUCGAAAAUCGCAGCUUAACUAUUAUCUUCACAUUUCAUUUUACUUGGUAAAACGGGAAAAAAGAAGAAGAAGAAAAGUAAAGAAUCUCUGCAAAACUCGAAACCCCAUCAAGCAUCUCUUCUUUCUGUAUAUAUACCCUUUUAAGCACAAUCCCCUAAUCCUAUAAGGAAUUCCAAAUGAGAAUAAUUUUGGUAAUUUCCAUUUUCUUGAUUCUGUUUAUUUUCGCCUUCGCAAAUGAAAAUUUCAAUACCCAUGUGGUUGAUAGGCCAUUGAUUGUUGAAUUUUCUGAAAAUAAUGAACCCCAAUUGAAGGAAAGCAGUGAGGAGCUUCUGUUAGAGUGUACAAGUUGGAGGUUUGCUGUGGAGGCUAAUAAUUUAACCCCAUGGAAGACAAUUCCAGAGAAAUGUGCUGAUUACGUGAGACAAUAUAUUACUGGUGGGGCUUAUGACAUGGAGAUUGAUAGAGUUUCCAAUGAAGCUGGAGCCUAUGCACAAAGCAUGAAAUUGGGGGAAGAUGGAAAAGAUGUCUGGAUUUUUGAUGUUGAUGAGACUUUGCUUUCCAAUCUACCCUAUUAUUCCCAACAUGGUUAUGGGUUGGAGGUUUUUGAUAGUGUGGAAUUCGAUAAAUGGGUUGAGAAGGGAGUGGCGCCAGCAAUUGGGUCUAGUUUGAAGGUUUAUCAAGAUGUUAUGAGGAUAGGAUUCAAAGUUUUCUUGUUGACUGGGCGCAGCGAAAGACACAGAAUAGUUACUGUGGAGAAUUUGAUGAAUGCUGGGUUUCAGGAUUGGGACAAGCUCAUACUCAGGGGAUCAGAGGAUCAUGGGAAAUCAGCCACAAUUUAUAAAUCAGAGAAAAGGAAUGAGAUGGUAGAAGAGGGGUUCAGAAUAGUGGGCAACUCUGGAGAUCAGUGGAGUGAUUUGUUGGGCUCUUCUGCAUCUAAUCGCUCAUUCAAACUUCCUAACCCAAUGUACUACAUUCCUUGACAUCCCCAAUAAUUUUCUGCGGAAACAUACUUCCUCUCAUUCUUUCGAUAAGAAAAUCCAUAAAUUAACUUAUGUACCCUCUGCAAUUCAUGUCAUUCCUUGUAAUAACAUAUAUAUAGGUUGGCAAGGACAAAAUAUAAUUUCUUUUAUUGUGAAA